AUGCAGAGUCGAUAUCUAGGAGCCCCGGAUAAUUGGCUCAUCAGAUUGGUGGUUGCCGUCUCCGACCUGGAUGACCUGCGUCGUAUCCCAUAUCUGAUGGGGGUGGGUCUCAUAGCCCGUAUAUUGGGGAUUUGGGUCGAUCUUGUGGACAUCAGCCUACUCCUGAUGUUCUGUUUCGUUUUGGGGCGGAUCUUGGUGCUGUGUUGGUUGCCCGCGGCUGCAAGAGCGCGUGGAUGUCAUCAACUUGCACAACUGCACAAGCCCAGCAAUCGAAUGAAUCUGUAUAUGGGAUCAAAUGCAUACCGGAUAGACGGGAGGAGCAAGGCAGACAGCAAGCCCGUAAUUGAGGCUUUGAUGCGGCAUGCCAGUCAGGACAAAUAUGUGCUCACUGUGGACUGGCAGAACGGAUGGAGACAUGAUUAUGUGGGACAAUACUUGCGUGAUGCACCGAUCAUGUGGUGGCUCAUAUCAAGGACGGUAUGUGCGUGAUAUGCGCAGGGCCACAAUCUAUGACUUCGCGUAGGCGCUGAAGUCAACUUGUGCAAAGAUUGAAGAGGUGUUACAAGCAAUAUAGCCAGAACGGCGAAUUGUGUAGAUUUCAGGAUACCAUAACUUGUUUGCA